GCUUCCCCGAACUCCCCCUGGCUCCCGCCUUCGCCCGCUUCCGGUCGUCGUCGUCGCCGCUGCUGCCGCUGCUGCUGCUGCUGCUGCUGAGGCUGCUGGCGGAGGCCGGAGGAUCGGGCGGCGGCGGCGGCGGCGGCUGAGAGGGCGGCGGCGGGAGCGGAGCGGUACGAGGGAACGAGAGGAAGCAAGCGAGGAGCGCGCGGAGUGCGCUUUUCCGCUCGCCUGAGGAGCCGGAGCAUCCCCGGCCCCGCCGCCGCCGCCUGCCAGCUGGACAAAGCCGAGAGCCCGCGCCCACAGCCAUGUCCUCGUCCGCCGGCAGCAGCCACCAGCCCAGCCAGAGCCGCGCCAUCCCCACUCGCACCGUGGCCAUCAGCGACGCCGCGCAGCUACCUCAUGACUAUUGCACCACGCCCGGGGGGACGCUCUUCUCCACCACACCGGGAGGAACUCGAAUCAUUUAUGACAGAAAGUUUCUGUUGGAUCGUCGCAAUUCUCCCAUGGCUCAGACGCCACCCUGCCAUCUGCCCAAUAUCCCAGGAGUCACCAGCCCUGGCACCUUAAUUGAAGACUCCAAAGUAGAAGUAAACAAUUUGAACAACUUGAACAAUCAUGACAGGAAACAUGCAGUUGGGGAUGAUGCUCAGUUCGAGAUGGACAUCUGACUCUCCUGCAAGGAUUAGAAGAAAAGCAGCAACACUGAUACCUGUGUGCACCUGAUUUGGCCAAUAAGAUCUAACAGUGUAAAGACAGAAGAGGCAAUACCAGCAGUCCCCAUUAUAGUCUCCACCUCCCCCUCUUCCUCUGGGUGCCAAAUGAUGGGAAGAUGAGCUUCAUCCGACCAUUUCUUCACCCUGUCUCCUAUUCCCCUUCCCAGUUAAACAGGUUAGAUUGAAGGCCCUUGGUGUAUUUCUCUAGAGCUAAGCAGCCCGUAGAGGAAAACAGUUAAACUCUGACUUUCCUAGUUGUAUUUUUAAUUGAGAGCUAACUUCAUACCCCACAAUUUUGUCCCAAAUCAAAUAUCGACCUACCAGCAACUGCCUGACUGGGAAGUCUGGGAAAGGGAUACAGAGGCUUGGUGGGCCUAACACCAUUCAUGCUCCUUACACUCUGUCUCUCCUCCCUGUAUCCCACCUAUGGUUCAGUGUUGCAAGAGUCUGGGUUUGGGGUCUUUAAAACCAGCAGGGUAAAUGAUAAAAAGAGCUGCUUUCCCUUUUACCUUGAGGUAUUCGUCCCUCGGGACAGAGCACAGUUUGCGCAACUCUGGUAGCAUUACCCCGUGACACUGUUUUGAGGUCCACUUCUGUUCUUUCCUUUGGGAGGAAUGUCUUCCGUCUUUGGUAUUAUAGUUCAUCUUCCCAUUCUUUUACUUAGUGUAUUUGUGCAGAUAUUUUUAACUCUGUACAUCAGAAGAGAGCCCUUGGUAACCAGUUUAGUUCUUCUGUCAUUCCUCCCUGCUUGCAUCUUGUUGCUGGCAGAGUCCUCUUGUACUUCAAGAAAGAGAAGUGAUUUUGUCUGUUCCUGUUACCAAGUAAUAGAGGCACUUUAGCCUCACUUGGUGGGUAAGGCCUGAUCAUAGUAUUCUGUCAGAUAAUGCCUAAGAAUGACCUCCGAAGAGCGUUGACCCAUUUGAGUACCCAGUCUCAGUAGUCAUUUUUAAGUCCAGGGAGCAUUGCGAUAGUUGUUCUCAGAUUGCAGUUUCUUACGUUUUGAGUUUGAAGUUGAUUUUCAUAAUGUUCUUAGAAAAGAACUGCAUUUUUUCCUUUGUGGGUCUGCAUUGUUUGGCUGCUGGGUUAGAUAAGCAUGGGCUUAAAAAAUGUGUUCCUCCCAGUUUUCUUGCCUUUUCCAUUGUACUCUGAAUUUCCUUCCCUACCUCCCUUCCUGUCUUCCUCUCCUUCCUUUCCUUCCUUUUUCUCUACCAGGCCAUUUUUCAAAUUUACGUCAAAGAUACCUCACGUUGGUAUCUGAGAAUAUCUGUCACUCCUCUUAUCUGAGAAGUGACCUUUUAUUUUUAAGAUGACUACAGACCUAUUUUUAGAUAUGUUUUCAGUACAAUUUUGAACAGCAACUUUUUAAUUAAACAUCUUCCAGUGUUAGGAAGGUGAGAAAUGUUCAUAGGCAAGUCUGCUGUUCUAUGUCAACAUCUUUUGUCGCCCCUAGUCCCCCAGGAGUUCUUUCCUUUCCCCUCUAGUUUUGGGUGUGCAUGUUUGGAGUUUGUUUGUAGUGGGUGGUUUAAAACUGGACCAUUCUGCCUUGCUUUGGUUUGUUCAUGAAAGCCUCAUUCAUUUAUCUGAUCCUUUAGCUUUUGCAUUCACCCACCCUUCCCACCUACCUCUCCUGGGACUAUUGACCAGCAUAAUAAUCCCGGGAGAAUGACUCCUCUCGUAGAAAGACUAAAGUAUCCAUCCCCUCAUAGUUAAGUAGCCACUGGUGUCCUGGGAAUUUCUGGUUGGAUUUGGUGCCCUGAACUUCCUUACUAAGAAAUCAGUUCCCAGGGUGAGAGUAACAGGCCAUUUGGCCAAGAAAGAAGCCUGAUUGUUUUUCUUUUGAACUAUGAAAAGACCCUGUUUGUGAAUACAUUUUAGAAGAGAGGAAGGAUGUCUGCAGAACUUUGUUCUGUUUUCUGCUACAAAAAUGUGAAUAGUUCAGAGUGAAAACCUUUUGUGAUGGUUGAUGUCUCUCAGGAAUAAGCUGAAUCUCCAAUGUUUUGGGGAUGCUUUGAGUCUCAAAAAUUGAUAAUCAGAAAAGUAUUUUUGUUUGUUUGUUUAAUGUAUCCCUGUUCUGUUUUUAAUUAAACUCCAAAUCUCAUUUUACAUGUUCUUGGGAAAAUCUAA